AUGUCCACGCACUCCUUGAGCAGUCAUGAAGCUGUUGUCACUCCGUAUCACCUCAAGCAGGUAUCCAGCACUACCGCACUGCCAAAGUCCAAGACGAUGGGAAGCCUCCUAUCUUCACCUCGCGAGAUAAUCACUAGACGACGCCUCCUUCAACCCCUCGACCCUCCUCUGCCGCGAACACAAACUCUAGGCAAUAUCUCAUGCUUCGCUCCGACACAUCAAACGCCAUCUCCGAGAAAGCCCAUCUCUGUCUCACUGUCCUCCUCAGAACAGCAUCACGAUAAUAGAGAAGCGGCAGUCAAUCGCGCUCGACUUAGAAAUGCUUGUCAAUACCGAAAUCCUCCAGCAAGGAGCACGGCUGAACCUGCACCAACUCUGAAGCUGUCACUGAACGAUGUUGCCAAUACACAACGUCUCGAAAGCAUGAAGAGGACGUCAUCAUCUGGUCGGCUUUUGUUCAUCAAUUCCACUUUGGCGAAUAAAAACUGGCGAGACAGUGACAUUCCAACUUCGACAACAAUGACAACCAGUAAUGGAAGCGUCACGAGCUCGAGCCCGAGCCAGAUUUCGGACAUUGAUGCAAGACAUGUGUACGCCGCAGAGGACGCAUCGUACUGGACUGGCCGAUAUAUGUCUCUCUGUGACCGACUUCGCAUGAAGGAGCUGAACAGACCACCUCAAUCGCCCGCAGGAUCGACCGAAAAGAAAGCUGACCGUCUUUUCGAAAAUAGCGAGAAGGUGCGUAUGAACAGUGCGCUCAAUGAGCUCAGAGAGCAUUGCAAGACGAAAGAAGCCUUGAAGAGCUUUGAAGACUUUGAGAAUAUCCUCCUCAAAAAGCUAGGAGUUUCGCGUCAAAGCCUCCAUCGAGCCGGAAGUCUCGCGUUUGCAGGUAAAGAAGUGGAAAGGCGGCUGGGCAUGUCCGGGUCAAAUGGUUUCAAUCCAUUCUCGUUGAACAUGUCAACCUCUCCUGGACAUGCCUCGACACCAACCAGCAGAGUAUCAAGCGUCAAUGCUGAGGCCGUGUUGACCGAAACUUCCAAAUCGUUCUACGGCGAAGGCACUAUGGCGAAAAGCAAGACCACAGGUAAUUUGGCAUCUCUCAUUCCUCUCAUACCAAAGAGACAGCAUGUUAUUGAGGGCAAGUCUUUGCCAAAGUCGAAUACUGUCCAGCUCACUUCACAUCGUCGUCGAACAUCCUACUUUGAAUGUUCUCCCGAGACUCGAGCAAAGGCUAUGAAGGAGCGAGAGGAACGUGCCUCUCGCAGAGCAGCCGAAGCGCACCGACUUUCAAACCCACAAAUGCCUUCUGUAAGUGUUUUCAGGAGUCGAGGGCGGAGUAAGGAUCCAGUACCAUCCCCAAUGGCUGUGCAAAUCUCAGGAUCUGUUCAGCCUCAAUUCUUCUCUUCCUGUUGCAAAGUCGGUGCCUCGGGAGAAGUGACAGACUCUUUGAGUGUGGCAAUGCUCGAGAGUGGACAUGUUCGCCCGCCCCCAAAAGCGGCAAAUAACACCUUGCCAUCACGAGUGGAGCUGGUCGAGGUGCCUGGAGGUGGGCAAGAGAAGAUCGUCAAAUCACGGCGUAAGACUGAGAGACAGAUCAGUGGAGAGAGGGUCAAAACCCUAUUCGGAGCCGGGAUGCGAGAGGUCAAGAAGAUGGGACGUCGAGUCAGUGGGAUGAGUUGGCCUGGAAGUAGCGACGACUUGUUGCCGCCGAGAAGCGGGAGCAAGUGA